GCCAACGCGCGCACGUACGUACGAGACCCAACAGCUGCAAACUGCACCGGAACGAAUCAGCUCCAGACAUGGCGGAUUGCGGCGGCCGGCGGCGGUUCACGGUGGCGUGCGGCGUGCUCAGCCGUUGCGUCAAGGACGAGGCCGCGGCCAGGAACGCCGCGGCGGCGGCGCAGGCCGCGGCGGCGUGCACGAUGCUCCUGAUGCCGGGGGCCGACGUGGCGCCCGCCGACGACGCCGCCGCCGCCAGGGAAGAAGAGACGAGUCAGGCGGCGCCGGGGCAGGGACAGCUCAAGAUCAGCUACGGCGGGCGCGUGCUGGUGUUCGACGACGUCCCGGCGGACAGGGCGGCCGAGCUGGCGCGCGCCGCCGCCUGGCGGGACUGGCCGGCCGACGCCCCGGUGGCGAGGAAGGCGUCGCUGCAGCGCUUCAUGCAGAAGAGGCGGGACAGGCUCCACGCCCGGGCGCCGUAUGCCAGGCAGGAGGCACCGUGUGCCAUGAAAGGGAAGCACCAAGGAGACGCCGGGCACUGGCUCGGGCUGGGUAUCCCUGGAGCCGGAGGAUGCGCGCGCUGAUGUGUGACGCUGCUGCUCUGAUCGAAUUGCUUCGUCUUCCCGCGUGAACAAGAUUGUCGUCGACCUCGUGGCAAGGUUGUGGAUUCAUUGACAUGUAUAUG